AUGUCAGACGCAUCAGUGGAUCUGUCGCCUCUGUCGCCGCAGGCCUACACGGUCGGGUUGAUCACAGCCUUACCAGUCGAAUACGCUGCUGUCGUGGAAAUGCUGGACGAGAGACAUCAGUCACCAGAGAUCCAAGGAGAGAUUAACGCCCAAUAUACCAGCGGCCGAAUCCACAGCCAUAAUGUAGUAAUCGCUUGCCUCCCGGCUGGUGAACCCGGCCUUACCUCUGCCACCACUGUCGCUACCGAAAUGAGUAGCCAUUUUCCGAACAUUAAAUAUCGUCUCCUCGUCGGGAUUGGUGGUGGAAUUCCAAGCGAUAUUGAUAUAAGACUGGGAGAUGUUGUCGUGAGCCAACCCAGCAACGGCCACGCCGGGGUAGUACAGUUUGACCUGGGAAAGCGUCUGCCGAAUGGACGAUUUCAGCAAACCAGCCAUCUCAAUAAGCCGCCGAGGCCUCUGCUGCAUGCUCUGUCCGAGGUUCAAAGAAAACAUAUGUUGGACGAGGGUUCGUUUACGGAAUACUUAUCGCAGCUUGGGGAAAGGAGGGCCAAGUUCAGACGUGAAAAGGCCGGACCGGACUGCCUUUUCCCACCUGAGUAUCCCCACAAGAGAGGCAACAACUGUGAGCGAUGUUCCAAGAAAAUGCUCGUAGAGAGGGAACCACGGUCGGAAGAGGAUCUGGUACAAGUCCACUACGGCACGAUUGCGUCGUCAAACUCUCUGAUUAGAGACGGAGUCGAACGGGAUAAAAUCUACGAAGACCUUGGCGGCAACAUCCUCUGUUUCGAGAUGGAAGCUGCCGGGCUGAUGAACAACUUCCCUUGCCUCGUGAUCCGUGGAAUCUGCGAUUAUGCAGACUCACACAAGAACAAGAGGUGGCAGCCUUUUGCAGCAGCUACGGCAGCAGCGUAUGCAAAGGAGCUGCUCCAAGUGAUCUCAUCAAAGAAGAAUGCAGAAUCUGAUGAGGUCCCAGGCAAGUCUUUCAUUGCCUAUUUCAUACUAAAUCGCCAGACUAUGUCUACUCCAUGGAUUUUACCAUUCAACCGAAAUCCUCAUUUUACUGGCCGCUACAAGCUGCUACAAAGACUCCAAUAUUGUCUUAAUGACCCUCAGAACCAUCCAUCAAUUGCUAUUUACGGGAUUGGUGGCACCGGGAAAAGCGCUGCUGCUGUCGAAUUCGCAUAUCAAGCCCGCAAGGGCAAUCCCUCUCUAGCGGUCUUCUGGGUUUCUUCAUUUACAAAGGAGCGUUUCCUAGAAUCCUAUCGCGAGAUCGCGCUACAGCUGAAAGCAUCAAAACCUGAUGAUUGUGAUAUCGAUGUGCUCAAACGCGUUCGAAAGAAGUUGAGCGAUGAAUCCAUGCGCAGAUGGCUCAUGAUUGUCGAUAAUGCGGACGACAGCUCUGUCCUAUUUGAUGCUAAUGACAGUGGUGGUCGACUAUAUGAUUAUCUCCCCCACAAUGCGCAGGGUGUUAUUCUCUUCACCACCCGAACCCGCAAGAUCGCCAUCGAUGUAGCUCCUCAUGAUGCUUGGUCACUUGGUGAGAUGGACUGUUGCGAGGGAAAACAGCUGCUGCGGAAACUCUUCGGAACUGAACAGAAAUUAGCAGACGAAGCUCUGGACAAAUUCCUUGAGAUGGUCAUAUCACAUCCCCUCGCUAUUAUCCAAGCUAUCGCGUUCGUCAGAAAGAACGGCAUCUCCCUAGAACGCUAUAUGGAACUGUUCGAAAAGUGCCGCAGUUCGCAGACUGAGCUGUUGCGGGAAGAUUUCAAUGACCCCAACAGAGACAGGGAAUCAAGAAACGCCGUUUUCCUCACCUGGAAGAUUUCUUUCAUGCGCAUAGAACAAGAGGACAAGGUUGCCGCCUUUUACCUUGGCUUCUUGGCUUGCAUUGCACCGCAAAACAUCCCGCGAGCGAUUUUCCCUAAACGAACUGACGGGGAUAUUUAUGACGUCCAUCCCCUGAUUCCAGUCAUCGUACAAGAGCAUCUAAGAGAAAGUGGCGGAUGGCCUGCAAUCACGGCUGUUACCCUUCUCUGGUUAAGAUGUUUGAUCCCGGAAGGAGGCUAUGAGAAUUUGAAAGAAUACCCGGCGUUUCUUCCCCAUGGAAAGGCCUUUGCAGACAUUCCGCAGAUAAGGAGCCACCCAGAGGUACUAUACUUGCUUGGCACCAUUGGUCAAUGUUACAACACUCUCGGGCAAGGCGCAAUCGCCAUUCAAGUAUUCGAAGACGCCCUUGAACGCUUCAAGCAGCAGUUCGGGCCAAAACACCCGCAUACUCUUUAUACCAUGCAUCUCUUGGGGAAAGCAUUUCAAACACACAAGAGUUAUAAAGACGCAGCGCGUACAUUCGAAGAAGUGUUGAUAUUAGAGAAAGAAGCCUUUGGUGAUGAAGAUCCUUGGACACUGGUUACUCGAUCCACCCUAGCAUCAGUAUAUCAGUCCCAAGGCAAAUGGCACGAGGCUAAAAGAUUAUACUUGCUGGCAAUGGAGUCAAGGAAGCGAAUGCUAGGUGAGGAUCAUCCCGAUGUCCAAAAGGAUGAAAUCGAUUUAGCUAUGCUGUACCGGGAUCAAGAUCGAUGGGCUGAAGCUGAAACACUGUUGUUGCGGGCCCUUGGGCGAACCUCGUCAAGCUCUAGGAAUGAUUUCACCAAUGUCCUUUUCAUCAAGUCUCAGUUGGCAUUCAUAUACGAAUGCGAAGGCCGAUGGGAGGAGGCUGAGGAAAUUGGAUCACAACUGGUCACUGAUUCGAAGCAGAUUCUUGGAGAGGACCAUCCUGACACCUUGGAGGUUCUUGCCAGCAUGUCAGGAAUCUACCAAGGACAGAAUCGGUGGAGUGAAGCAGAAGAAAUACUGUUACCGGUGAUCGAGACCAGAAGAAGCAUCCUCGGUGAUGAGCAUCCUGAUGUGCUAGCUGCGCAGACAAAUCUUGGUCUGGUAUAUCAGAAACAAGGGGAACUACAAAAAGCCGAAGACCUACAAGUCAAACUGAUCACAGUCAUGAAAAGGCUAUUCGACUAUGACGAACUUGAUCUCCUGAUUGCUCAGAGGAAUCUGGCAUUCACAUAUAACAGACAAGAACGGUGGGCGGAUGCAGAGAAGCUACUCGUGGAGUUGGUAAAAGUCAUGAGCCAAACGCUAGGUGACGAGCAUUCAGAAACCUUGAAAGUGAAGAUGUACCUAUCCUUCACAUAUCGAAGCCUGCAGUCGUUGGAGAAAGCUGAGGAGUUGCAAGUGGAGGUAGUGCGUACCAGACGGCGAGUGCUUGGAGACACUCAUCCUCGUACUCUCGAAAGCAUGCACAGCCUUGCUCUCACUUUAAUUCGCUCAUGCCGUUUCAGUGAAGCUAUGGAGCUCGUGGGAUCAGCUCGUGGCAGUUUUAGUGAGGGAUACCCUCCUGGGGACCAGCCCACUAUCACGAUUCGAUGUUGGGACUCGGCUGAGGAGUCACUUUGGAAACAAGUUUUCAAUCAAGGCUUGUUCGCGUUUUUAAUUGAAUCUAAUGUGAAAAAUGCCUCGAUUGCAUCAAGCAGCUAG